CGACGGACAGCGUAUCGAAGCUAGGCGUUAAUAACGGAUAGUGUAUUAUUGCUUGUGGACUACAAGAGUAAUGUCGACACUCAAUGUAUCCUUUCUGAUAUGGUUCGAUGGGCAAAUUGUAAACUCCCCCCGUGGAGUAGAAUAUCACGGUGGUUGUCGAGUGGAGAUGCCACUCAGUGAACGAAUGAAUUUCGAUGAAUUGGUUAACAUUUGUAAAAGGGCAGUUUGUAGCGGACCGAACUCUACUAACUCAGAAGUGGAGAUUACACAAAUUUUAUUCAGACUGCCUAAAUUUGUAAGGGGUGAAGUAGAUUCGUACGCACUCUUUUUAGUGCAGGACAAUAACCAUUUAUUUGGAAUACUAACCGAAUCUAUGAGAUGUCCGAAUCUACGAAUUAUGGAGUUCUACGUUGAGUACCGGAUUUUGGGUGGAACUGAAAUUUCGCUGGAUAAUUUGGAGUUAAGCGAUUCGAGCGAGUCAGAGUGGGACAGUGAGUCAGUAAGGAGCAGUGACGAAGAUGAAGACGAACACUUUUAUGAGAGCGACGAAGAUGAUGCAGGUGAAAUCGACGCCGAGUUAGAAAUGGCCAAUUCGGGAGAACAAACUCAUUACCAGUCGCAGCUCCCUGAACACGUUAGGUUCGCGGACAAGUCACGGGUUGCCCUCCUUUGGUUCGAUAGAUUCACGCAUCCAGGAAGGAGUCCGCCGGACAGGGCUCUCUGGUUUCAUCAGGAUGCGACAAUAUCGGCUCGACAUGUCCAUUAUCACAGCAUUAGUGGAGAGGUGGAGGCCUGAGACGCAUACAUUCAUGUUUCCAGAUGGGGAGUGCACGAUCACUUUGCAGGAUAUUGCAAUCCUUACUGGACUCCCCAUUGAUGGGACGGCUGUGACUGGAGACAGGGUGGACGACUGGCAGGAUAGGGGUGUUGCCCUGUUAGGGAGACCGUUAGAGCUUUCUCAGUCAGAGGGUACAUCUUGGGUUGGGUCCAGGUGGUUGUAUAGUGAGUUCGGCGAGUUUACUAGUUUACCGGCCUAUGCUACACCUGAACAUGUUGAAUGGGCGGUUAGGGCGUACCUAUGGGCUGCUCUACAGACUUUGUGCUUCCCAGACCUGAACAGUGGUCAUUUGGGUUUGAGAAUUUUACCCCUUUUAGCAAAUUUACAUGAUUUACGGACUAUCAGCUGGGGAUCUGCAGUUUUGGCCCAUUUAUACCACGAGAUGUGCAUUACCACACGGAUGCACAAACGCCGACGUAACAUAGGAGGUCCUCUGUGGAUUGUACAGCUAUGGGCGUUCGAGCGACUGAGGCCACUUCGACCCCAACUGCUGACCCCAAUAAUAGCAGAGGAUCUACCUUUGGGUGACAGGUGGGGCGGGCGUAGGGAUCGUCGGGCAGUCCCGAGGCACAGCAUCCAUGCUGUGAGAUUAAUUUUGGAUGGCCUGCGAUACGAGGAUAUCCACUGGCAGCCAUAUUCUGACGAUAUUCUCAGCUCGAUCCCUCGGGAGUACCUCGAUGGGGCACAUCUCUGGCGUGCGCGAGUCCCACUCAUUUACUAUAACAUUGUGGAGUGGCACCAGCCAGACAGGGUGCUUCAGCAGUUCGGCCUAGUUCAGCCUAUUCCGUUGCCCCCCUUGCAGACUGAGGAGCUUCACAACGUCCGCUACCGGGGUUCCUCGAGCUUCGCAUAUGAGAUGGACUACUGGGUGCAACUUUGGAACAAUAGAAACGCGUUUGUAGUUCAGGGCCGGCAGCUUCAGCACCCACCCCAUUACCAUUCCCAGUACAUGGACUGGUAUAGGCGUCGAUGCCGGAGAUGGAUUACACUUCAGGGUGCAGAGGCUGGCACUAGUCGCGAUUUGCAGGAGAGAACCCAUGUUACGGGGGAGGCCAGUUCGAGUGCCGCUCGCAGGAUUAGGUUUGGUGCACGAAGUUCUCAGCUUGCUACCAUGGAGGAUCGCAGGGACGUCACACUUCCCCCUCCUGAGCCAGCGGACCAACCAUACCAGCUGCCUCCGCUCUCUCCCUGUCAGGUCGAUUUAAGCUCUAUUAGAGGGCGGCGUCGACAGCCACGCAGAAUGCCUCCACAGCCCCGUCCAGAGCAUGUGUACCCUAUCCCAGAGCCAUUAUUUUUUCACACGGAGGUGGCGGGUACCUCAGACAUACCGCAGCCGGACUACUGGGAAAGACAACAUUACGGGUCAACCUCCGGGCCGACACCCCAAGCAUCAUAUCCACAGUUUCAGGUCCCGCCUGCGUCGAUGCCGUAUGUUGACUCAUUUUUUGGAGAUACGACCUUUACGACCACUCAGGAUCGACCAGGGCCAUCUGAGUCACAGGUCCCCCCGGCGCCGAUGCCGUAUAGUGACUCAUCUUUUAGACAUACGACAUUUGCCAACACUCGAGAUCCUUUUGCGCCAUCUGAUUCACAGGUUCGCCAGCCGCCGAUUCCGUCUUUCCAUUCAUAUCUGGGAGAGAUGGGAUAUACUCCACUAGGUACGCCGGCUCAGCCAGAGUCAGAUCAGUCAUGGCCUGCACCGCCGACGCAUUCAGAUGUCCCAUGGCGUACGUCGACAGAGUCAGAUUUCAUUGAACAGUUGUUCUACUAUCCCGCCGCACCUACUGCAGGACAGGCGUCAUCGUCACAUCAGGUACCACCUUCUGGGUCGCCUCAGGCUCAAGAUCCUUCGCAGAUGUAUUUUUCGACUACGGAGCCGUGGUGCUCUGGUGCAGAUCUGUCUGCUGAUCCGUUUUCCAGUGAUCGGUUUCAGCAUUUUACGCCUCCUAGUUUUACACUGUAUCCGGACAUCACCUCGCAGGAUCUGCGAGACACUACUCCAGCUCCGGUUAUUGAACAUCCACACCAGCCUACAGACGAAGACAGUGACGAUUCAGAAGACAACGACGAUUCUGAUACUAGUGACGAGGGUGACAGUGGCGACUAUAACCCUGUGACUGAUACCUCACGUCACCGACGCACUCAGCAGGGUUAUGACAUGAGAACCCGCAUGCGGAAACCGGCUCGAUAUCGUGACUAGUUUUAGUACUUGUAAACAAUUUUAAAAUAAUAUUGUUAUUUUAAAUUAUUACAAAUGUUAUAAUUUGUAUUUAAUUUUUAAUGUUUAAUAUUUUUAUCAAUUUUAAAUUA